GUUUUUCUCCCUCCUCUCCUCAACUCAACUCAACUCCCGAUACUGUACGCUGCCUGCUGUACUGCUCGCUCUCCUCAGUCCAGCUAUCUCCCAUAGACUUCGCACCAACCCCUCGCACGCACCACCAAAGAAAACAACGUUUUUUUUUUCUUCUCAGGAAAAGAGAGAGAGAGAGAGAGGAAAAUUAUACUACUACUCCUGCUCUACUGUCCAGCCACGGACACCAAGGCAGGAGAGGGGAAGGGGGAUGAGCAGCUCGGCGUGGUGAGGUGAGCCGAGAGGUGGGGCGGUGGCUGCUGCAUUGCAUUGGGCGGGAGAGAUCGAUCGAUCGCUCGCCGGCGCUGGGGCUGGGAUCUCGCGGCGCUCGAGGGCGCUGAGGAGGAGCUCUGUGGCUGCUGCGGCUUCUUGGUCAGGCGCCGGCGUUGUGCCCAUUGGGCUGGGGUCAAGCUCGCCGUGAUCUGGGGAUUUGGAUCUCCGAGGCGCGUUGCCCGUUCGCUGUCGGGAGCCGCCGGGGCGGGUGGUGGGUGGAAGGCUCCAUUGCGGCAGUUCGGUGGGCGGCUGCUGAUUGGGGGCAGCCGGGUGGGAGAUCUGGCCGUCGGCGGGGAGCUGCAGAUCCCCUGCCUACUGCGCGUCCACGCUUCGCUGCCGUGGAGAUUCUUGAGGAGGUUGGUGGUGGGGAUGGGGAUGGUCGGAGCCUACGCGGAUCCCUUCCUGCCUCCGAAGAUGGCCUUGUCGGCGUACGCCGCGCCGAUGGGGGAGUAUGGCCAGCCGCAGCCGCAGCCGGCGCCGCGCCCGCCGGCCUGCCCGUACUCGUCUUCCUCCUCCUCGCCGCCGCCGGUCUCCGCGUCGUACCAUUCUUGGCCUCCGGCGACGUCAGCUUCGCCGGUGAGUAGCCCACCUCCGGUCUCCUCUCCGCCAGAGUCGUUUCCGUCAUCGCCGCCGCCGGCAUUGUCGCCGCCGCCGCCGGACGCUCCUCCCCCAUCGCUCCCGCCGUCUCCGCCGCCGUCCCCACCCCCGUCGCCGCCCCAUGUGGAGGUGCAAGCGCCGCCGCCGCCGAUGACAACUGACCAGCCGCACGUCCAGCCCCGCGUGUACCCAUCACCCCCGCCGCCGUCUCUCCCCCCACCUCCGCCUCAGACCUUCUCGCCGCCAUCGCCACCUCCAUUUCACCCACCGUCGUCGUCGCCCGCUCCAGCUCCAGUGCCUGCUGCUGUAGUCUAUCCGCCUCCUCCCCCACCAAGAAUCGCCUCUCCACCGCCGCCGCGUAAUCACAUCAAGCCACAUUACGUGCCGCGGUCAUCUGCGAGGUCGCAUUCGAAUUCGACCCGCGCAUCAAGUGGCGCCGGCAAGAACAUCGAGAUAUCGAGGGAGGCAGCCACCACAAUUGUAGCACUUGCCGGGCUUGCCAUGCUCAGCUUUGUCGGCGCUACAAUUUGGUUCGUCAAGAAGAAGCGCCGGCGGAUAGAGCCUCCUGCAUCACUGCCGACGCAGCAGCCAGCUCCGCCGCCACCGCCAAACUACUUUCCCUCUUCCGGUGGAUCCUCGCUAACGUCAGAUGCAUUUUUCAUAUCACCUGGAUAUCAUCCGGUCAGGUUGUUCAGUGCGGGGAGCCAUGGGUAUCCAUAUUCACCAGCUGAUUCUGCCAUUGGGUACUCUAGGAUGCUAUUCACCCCAGAAAAUUUGGCAGAAUUCACAAAUGGCUUUGCAGAGCAAAACCUUUUGGGAGAAGGUGGAUUUGGGUGUGUUUACAAGGGCAUCUUGCCAGACAAUCGCCUUGUGGCUGUCAAGAAGCUCAAAAUUGGGAAUGGGCAAGGAGAACGUGAGUUCAAGGCCGAAGUUGAUACUAUCAGCAGAGUACAUCAUAGACAUUUGGUUUCACUAGUAGGCUACUGCAUAGCAGAUGGCCAGCGGAUGCUUGUUUAUGAUUUUGUUCCAAACAAUACGCUUUAUUACCAUCUCCAUGUAAGUGAAGCGGCAGUUCUUGAUUGGCGAACAAGGGUUAAGAUUUCGGCCGGAGCAGCCCGUGGAAUUGCUUAUCUGCAUGAAGACUGUCAUCCUCGGAUUAUACAUAGAGAUAUUAAAUCAUCCAAUAUUUUAUUGGAUGACAACUUCGAAGCUCAGGUUUCUGAUUUUGGACUUGCAAGGCUAGCAGCUGACUCCAAUACGCAUGUCACGACACGUGUCAUGGGUACAUUUGGGUAUUUGGCUCCAGAGUAUGCGUUGUCUGGCAAGUUGACUGCAAAAUCUGAUGUAUAUUCUUUUGGAGUCGUUCUUUUGGAGCUUAUUACAGGAAGAAAACCUGUUGAUGCUUCCCAGCCACUGGGAGAUGAGAGCCUUGUUGAGUGGGCUCGGCCCCUUCUCCUCAAGGCAAUUGAACAUCGAGAAUUUGGUGACCUCCCUGAUCCAAGGAUGGAAAACAGGUUUGAUGAAAAUGAGAUGUAUCAUAUGAUAGGAGCUGCAGCUGCAUGCAUUCGUCAUUCUGCAGCAAUGAGACCGCGGAUGGGGCAGGUGGUUAGAGCACUAGAUAGUUUAGCAGACUCUAACUUGAACAAUGGCCUUCAACCUGGCCGCAGUGAAGUAUUCUUAGAACCACAGUCCGAAGAAAUUAGAUUGUUCCAGCUGAGAGAAUUCGGCAGCCGAGAUUGUAGUGACGAGAUGAGCCAAGCUAGCUGGAGAAGCCGAAGAGAUUUGUAAACAUGUUCAGCACAAGAUCAUUAACAAUUUUUUGGCCAUUCUUUACAUGUAAUUAUCUCUUUUACAUGAUUUUUUUCCCCUCUGAGGCAAUUCAUGUUUCUCCAUGGAAUAAAAUUUUGCAUUCUUUGAGGAGAUAAGUAAAUCAUUCCUUCCCUUUUCAGUGAA